CCCUUCCCGGAGCUACAGGCCAACAUGUCUGUGCACGAGCAGGAGUGGGGUUGCCUGGAGGGUGUGAAUUGGUGGGAAGGGGUGCCCGUGCUGGGGAGAGGUGAGGAGAUGUGAAAGAGAGACCUGAAGACAGCCUGCGAGCCAAGAGAUCGCGGGGUCUGGAGCUCAGACGGCUUCAGUGGCUUCGGGUGUUUGGGCACGUCCAGCUAGAGAAGCCGGGCAGGGCAGAUGAAACCGCAGCUCCGGAGUCUUGGUGGAUCCUGGUCGGAGCGUAGCUGUUGCUAAGGGAGUGAGAGGUGGAUCAACAUGGACCCCUCCGACAGCCCAGCCGCCUAAAACCAGCCAUGCUGCUCACUUCUGGGCUGAGAUUUCACUGAGGUGCGAACCAGGGAAGCAGCAGAGCAACUGGAAUUCGAAGUUCCGGGGUGGGCGGGGAAAGUACUGUCCGUGGUGCUGAGCUGGAUCCCAACAGCGAGCUCCGGGGAGAGCGUGCAAAAGCUGCUGAUCCGCUGCCUCGAAUUGAGGCGGUCUUCUAAGGGUAGCUUCGAGCGGAAUCCCAAGCCCCGCUCAGAAAUCCCACAGAGCCUCCUGUCACCGGUGCUUGGACCUUCUUUCAAUCAGAAAAUCGCCCCCUUGGGGCAAUUUGUCCCAAAGGGUUUCCUCGAAAGUGUCUGAGAGGGCGCAAUUCUUGACCGAGGGAAUCUCUCCGUCGAACCCCGGAAGCUGCCCUGACGAAGAAGAUGCCCGCCUUCAACAGAUUGUUUCCCCUGCCUUCCCUCGUGCUCAUCUUCUGGGUUAGGGUCUGCUUCCCUGUGUGUGUGGAAGUGCCCUCGGAGACAGAGGCCGUUCAGGGCAACCCUAUGAAACUGCGCUGCAUCUCCUGCAUGAAGAGGGAGGAGGUGGAGGCCUCCACCGUGGUGGAGUGGUUCUACAGGCCCGAGGGCGGUAAAGAUUUCCUUAUCUAUGAGUAUCGGAAUGGUCACCAAGAGGUGGAGAGCCCCUUCCAGGGACGCCUGCAGUGGAAUGGAAGCAAGGACUUGCAGGAUGUGUCCAUCACUGUGCUCAACGUCACCCUGAAUGACUCCGGCCUCUAUACCUGCAAUGUGUCCCGGGAGUUUGAGUUUGAGGCACAUCGCCCCUUUGUGAAGACCACACGGCUAAUCCCCCUCCGAGUCACCGAGGAGGCUGGAGAGGACUUCACCUCUGUCGUCUCAGAAAUCAUGAUGUACAUCCUCCUGGUCUUCCUCACCUUGUGGCUGCUCAUUGAGAUGAUCUAUUGCUACAGGAAGGUCUCAAAAGCUGAAGAGGCAGCCCAAGAAAAUGCGUCUGACUACCUUGCCAUCCCAUCAGAGAACAAAGAGAACUCUGUGGUGCCGGUAGAGGAAUAGAAGGGGUGUGACUCGAGGUGAUGUGUAGGGAAGGGGGAGGGAAAGGUGGGUAAGGAUGGCAGGUUGUACAAGUGACUUUGUCGCCCACAACCGAAGUGACUUUAAAUUUAGUCCCUGGAUUAAUUUCUGCCCUACCUAAUUUCCCACCCUCAGGAUAGUUCUUUAAGUUGAAGUCCCAAGUCACAAAGCUCUGUGUGAUGUCAAGCCCUUCAGAAAGUGACUUGCUUUGGCUUGAGUGUUGGGGCAACUUGAACUCCACACCCAUAGUGACAAAGGCAUAGUAAUUCUCCCACCUCCUUUUGAAGGAUCAUGGAUUUGGUCAGAGUUUUUGGCUGGACUGGAAAUUCUUAGUGGUUUGUUUUAUCGUUGGUAGGUGGCCUGAACACUGAGGGACUCAAUGUCCCAAGUUCAGUGAUGUCAACAGCAUCAGGAGAGUGCCUCAGAGGCCACAUCACUUCCCUUCAUGCAUCCAUUCUUCAAUUUAUUCAUCAUACAUCCCCUCACCUGACUUCCUGAUUCCGUCAGACCUCUACAUACCAUAAGACUUAGCCAGUACUGAGGAGCCAACAUUUCUACACAGAUUCAAUCUCACCCUGUCCUAGCUUUCAAGCAAGCAGCUCCCAUGCCAACUGGACUUCUCUCCUGUGUUACAAGUGACUUUGAACAAGUGCUGGGGAUGGGCACAUCGCUCUGCUCCUUACUAGCUGGAACUGGCUCAUUCUCCAUUGCUGCAAGUGGAUGGAUGUCUUCAUGGAAAGAAGCAGGAGUGAUUAGUGUGAGUUAAAGUAAGAGUGCCGUGAAGUUGGAUUUUUUUGAAGUCAGUUUUUCCAAGUUCUUGGCCCACUUGACUAGAGCAUUAGAGCAAAGCAUGCUUUUCUAGGUUCUCUAGUAAUAAAAGUUCAUUCAGCAUGGACUAAAAUGUUCUCUGGAGCUAGAUCCUGUUAGGACUCUAAGGCCUAGAUUAGUCUCAGUCCUUUAAGAAGCCAAGCACAGCAGACUUGGGAAGGACUGAACAAUUUAAGUGGCUCUUAAAAGUCAUACAUGUUCAUGAUCCUACUGGGGUAAGGUAUUUAUGUCCCUGCCACCCCACCCCCUAUCCCCAAGUGAACACACCACUCAAGACAGUUGUUUUCCUGCAGGCACUGGAACUGCAAUUCCUGUUCUUCCUCUCAAAAUUUUUGUGGAUCAGUAUUAUUACUAUGUUACAGGAGGCAACCGAAAUUCAGACAAGUCUCAACUGACUUCAGGGGAUAAACUGGAGCAGAUAUAAGCCUUAGGUGCUGCCUAGGUUAAACGUCCCAAGAUGGAUAAUUUAGUUUUUGAAAACUUUGACAUUGAGAUUGGCUGUGGCCAUGCCUCCUUCACAAGCACACAUCGGGGUGGAUUGCCUGGCUGAGGUUAACUCUGAUUGAUUCUGAUAAUGAGAAAUUGGCUGGAAAGGCAGAGAAAGACAUGAAGUAGACUUGAAGAACUUCCUUAGUGAAAGGAUUUGUGAAUCUGAAACAUCCUCCAGAAGAAUGCAUCUGGGAAUGACAUUUAAGAAACAUGCUCAUUUGUCUGAGAUGGAUGAGGAAAUGUGUGAAGUGAUAGGGGAGGGAAGGGCUAGGUGGCUUCCAAAUAUUUCACCUGUGAACCCACAAUGUCUGGAGUUUUCUUCUAGAUUUUCAGAGAGCCGAUGAACACUGGAAAAAUCUUAGUCAAAAUCUCAUGUUUCAUUUUAAUUGAGUGAUUGGUCCAAGUUUGAUGUCCUUCAGUGAUGAGAAGUGAGGAAGGUGCUUUACAGAUUUUGAGAUGAAAGUGACUGAGAUUUGAUGAACGAGAUGUCCCUCAGAUCUUGGGGAAUUUAUGGGGAAAGAUCAUACUCUGUUGGCUUUGGGCCUCACCUGAAAAGCUCAUUUUUUCAUUUCUCCCAUCCUUGGUUAAGUACUCGAAACAAGUCCUUAUUCACGUAUUCAAGAGUCCGAUUUUAUUAAAGAAAAUAAUUUCAAUAAAUUCAAGGCCCUUUUCAUUGGUAAUUUCCCACAUAAUCCCUCCAAAAUUUGGGGCAGAAUAUAGAUUUUUCUUACUUUAUAGUUAGGAAAAUAGGCCUGAAUAAUUAAGAAGUUUUUCCAGUCUCUUGGCUGGUUGAUGACAGAGCUUGUAGCAGAAGAGAGCUACUUACUUCCAUUCCACUUUCCUUUUGGUUCCAAUAGGCAUUGCAUCUAACUUUUUUUUUUUUAAGAUUUUAUUGGGGGAAUUGGGAAGGGGAA